AUGGAGCUCUCGCCCUACGUGAUAAGCGCGCCCGCCACGAGCCGGCUCCUGGCGAUCGAUCCCGAGUGCCAGGACGACCCCUUCUACCGCUACCAGACGCACCAGCUCGUCGUCGCCUUCCAGGGCAAGCGCGCCCUGCUCACCAAUCUCGACACCGUGGCCCACAACCUCCAGACCUCUGCUGACUAUCUGGCGACGUACCUGGCCACCAGCCUGAACGCUGCGGUCAAGCGCGACAAGGCGGCCGCACCAAAGCAGGGCGGCUCGGCCACGCAGACGUCGUGGACGCUCUACCCGGCCACCUUCACGCUCGACAAGAUCAACCUCUGCUUCCGCGCCUUCCUGACCAGCUUCGUCAUGUGCCCGUCGUGCGCGCUGCCCGAGCUCAUCGACAUCGUCGCCGAUCCCUCCAAGCCGGCCUCCCCGCGCGGCCAGGAGGCCCUCCUGGGCGCUUCCUCUUCCUCUUCUUCUCCGCCUUCUUCAGCGAGCGCUAACCCGGCAAAGGCGAAGAAGACGAGGGCCGGCGCCGGCAAGAAGGUGGCGACCAAGUCGGUGACGGUGCGGUGCCAGAGCUGCGGGUGGAACGAGCCGCUGGAGAAGAGCCUGAGGCGUGUCAAGAAGAACGUCAAGUUCGUGGACUACGUGCUCGCCCACCCGCCUCAGCAGUCCAGCCCCACCCUCAUCUGA